AUGAGCUCGGGCGCAUGGGACUUGCAAAGCAUCACGACCAUGUGGGCUAGUAUCGGCCAUACGGAUACAAACUGGACGGCCAAAGCGGCUGCCUUUGUGCUCAACGUUGUGAUCAAGGGUUUCCGGUUUAUCGGCUUGUUUGCCUUGUUCCCUAUCUAUCUGUUCUGUAUCAUGGAGUUCGCAGGAUAUAUCGUCUUGCUCACGACGGGCGUGCGCCACCACAAGCGUGAGGCUGCCGAGCGCGUCAAAUCACGCCUCCCCUCCCGCACCGCCGAGUCGGCCAAGGCCAGCAGCCUGCCUGAGAAUGGGCCAGCGCCGGCGAUCCGCACCGACGAGCUGCGUGCGCGCAUUCCGGCAACGAAUGCGUGA